CCACAUUCUGUCUGCUACAUUCUCUGGUGGCCUCACUUCUCCCAGACUUCAUCCUUGAUAAUUUAAAAUAUUAUCCUCAUAGCUGAUACAAUUCUUCUGCCUUUCUACACCGGCCAAUAUCUGGCCACUUAAGACUCUGAAAUGAAUGUUUGCUUCUGUUUCCUCUAAGCAUCCGGGUCUCAAAGGUCAAUCAAAAUGAAGCUGCUUCUUUGGGCCUGCGUCAUGUGCGUCGCUUUUGCAAAGAGGAGGCGUUAUCCCUUCAUUUAUAAGAAAUCACCCUCACCCAGUGAAGAGGAUUACUAUGGAAAUCGCUACCCACUUACUCCAUCUCUCAAUAUCCCAUUCGGCUUAUGGAAUGAUAAUUUACCACCUUUCCUUUUGCCUCCUCUUGACGCUCACCAAGGAAAUGCCAUCACCAAAUUCUCUGGAAAUCCUGAAGCUGAGAGAGGGCUAACUCCAUACCCUUGGAUUCCUACUUCUUCUAAAGUUCGCUAUAUAUACCAAAACCCUAAUUAUCCCACAGACCCCGCAGCAGCUGCUCCUCCUCCUGCUCCUCCUCCAGUGCCUCCUCCCAGGGCAUACCCCUUUGUCAUACCUCCAAAGAUUUCUGUUUCAUCUGUUGCAGCCGAACCUGCAGCAGCGCCCCCGGCAGCAGCGCCCCCUGUAGGCGAGGGUCUGGUACCUGAGUUCUCUAUGGACAAAACUAUUUCAGGCCUGCCUCCUGCGAUCAAACUUGAACCACCACCUGCUGAACCCAAACCUCCCGCCUCGGAGCCCGCCCUAGGCCAGUUCGGUGCUGGUGCGCCUGAGACCGCUCCAGCCCAGUUUGGUGGACUUGAACCUGCUCCUGCCCCAUCUGGGGCCGCUGAGCCUGCUGCCACCCAUCCCAUGAUACCUGAGCCCGCUCCACCCCAAUCUGUGGCUGCAGCCCAGGCUAUCCCAGGGGAAACCCCUGCAGACCAGUCUGCUGAAAACAAACCUGCUUCAGGUGAGCCUGCUGUCGCCCCGCCUGUACCAGUUGAGCCCGCUGCAGGCCAGGCUGCGGAAGCCAAGCCUCCUGCAGCUGAGGCUGCUGCAGCCCAAGCUCCUGCAACUGAACCUGUUGCUAUUGCGGGCCAGUCUGUGGUGGGAAAGCUUAUUCCAGCUGAACCUACUGAAGCGAAAGUGGAGGCACCUGAGCCCGUUGAGGCCAAACCUGGUAGCCAAGAGCCGCAGCCUUUUCUGUUUUACCAGGUAGAGAAGUGAGAUUUUCUGGAGAAGAGAGUUUCUAUACCGAUGAACAAAUCAAAGAAAUCUAAAUGUUCUUUCUUUUCUCGACCAAUAGCUUACUAUGUUUUAUUAAAACUAUCAGUCUCUCCAUAGUGA